UUCCCGAUGCUAUGUUUACAUACCAAUACGAGGGAGAGUAUUAUCAUUCAUGUACUCGCAAUUACCGAAAACAACCAGUGACACUUCUUUAGUUUGGGUUUCGAUGAGUAUACGAUGAACUGAAUGAAAAAAAUACAGCAGCUGGUUGUUUUGCAUUUUUUGUCAAACAAAACAAAAAACAUGUGGACAACGUAACAUAUCCAACCAGCAGUACUUGCUUUUGUUUUGUGUACACAGUGACCUCGCACUCACUCUCUCUCACUCCCUCUCUCUCAUUCUCUCACCCUACGUUUCUCCCUCUACGCCUCUGUUUUUUUUUUUCGCUUUUUCUUUGCGUCCAUAUGAAGACAAAGUGUUUUGUCAGCUUCAUAUUUUUACCAACCAAUUAAUGUAAUUACAAUAUCUCUCUAAACCCCAUAGCACGAGGGUGAAAACGUCUACAUCAUGGCCAUAUCAUUAGUUCUUAAUAUUACCAGUUACUACCCUGAAAAUAUACAGUAACAGUGAUCAUCUACCUCAAAUGUUUUGAUUCCCAAAGUGGGGGGUAGGCCCUUCAUAGUGUACACGUAGCAGUUGUAGGCAAAAUAAUUUUAAUUUCAAUAUUUACUUCAAUCCUUAUAUUUUUCUUCUUAUUGUGUAAUUUCUAUGUGAUUUUUAUUUUUCAUUUGUUCCAAGAGUGGUUUUAAAAAGAUGAACUUUGUUGUGUUUGAGUCAAAGGUGUGGAGGGUGAGAUUACUCCACUUUACAAAAGGCUGCUGUAGAAGAACUCUUGGAACCACCUCUGCAAGGUGAGAGUUCUAAGUAUUAUUACUGCUACUAAUCCUACUAUUCCGACAUUGUAAAAUAAUUAAUUACAAUGACAAGCGGUUAGCUUAACAAUCCUUCCUUUUAAAACAAUUAUCAUAACACAUACAUUUGAGCGUGCUCUGCCUUUUUUUAAUUAAUAAUGAGACAACAGGUUUUCUUUCUGUCAGAUAAAGUAGGAAAAUUUGCUUAGGUACAGCCUUCCCUGCAGCAGGUGUGCAGGUGAGCCACCGCACUUCCUACUCAUCACAUUACAAACAGGUAGAACAAGAGCGCACGCCCUGUCAGUGGAACGUUGGACGUCGUGUUGACAGAAUACAUAUUUUGACAAAACAAGACCCUCAAGACGUCAGGGAUGCUGGUUGCCUUUUGCCUCCUGCUGUUCCACACUGGAACAUAUGGGUUUGGAAUAUUACCAGGAAAGUCCUUGAAUCACUUUGAAAUCACAGAAAACGCACUUUUGAACACCACAGUGCAUGUAUGCCGUGCUUUGGCUCUAGCUGAUGGGACAGCCUUUACGUUUCCAUCACAGCCAUACACUGCUGAGGCUGUCGCUGUCUCCUGCAAUGCGCCGAAAUCAUCCAAAAGUUUCCAACAAGCCAUUACCUCCGUCACUUUACACAAUGUGCGAGUGGACCUCCGUCACGCUCUCAAUGCAAGCUUUCAUUUCGAUGAAGAAAUGUUUGUUCAAGGCAAGAAAAUAAUUACAGAGGGGAUACAGGCAGUCAAAGCCAGCAACAAGCAAGAGAACUUUGAAGCAGCCAGGGAAAAACUGGGGGAGAUUUUACAUCCUUUGCAGGAUUUUUACAGCCACAGUAACUGGGUAGAGCUGGGAAAUAAGCAACCGAACCCCAAUCUUAUCAGAUCUGACAGCAGCAUUGGUAAAAUAGCAGAUAAAAGCAGGGCAACGUGUCGAAACUGCAAUGGUGACGAUUGUAGGAACAACAUUCUGGAGGAUAUCAUAAAUGAGGGCAUUCUAACCUCUGGCUACUUUGGUAUUGUUCCUGUAGUCUCAACCAAACCAAAAGGAAAAUGCAGCCACGGAGGAGCAGUUGAUCAAACAAGCAAAAUUGAGCCUAAGGGUGGCAUCAACAAAGACUCAUUUGACGCCAGCCAUGGACAUUUGCACUCCAAAGCAGCAAAUAUGGCCACAGCUGCAACCAGCCAACUACUGGAGGACAUUAGAGGAGCAGCCGGCGACAGACCCUUCCUCCAGAUGAUGGGAAUCUCCAAAGGGUCAGGCAAAGCCCUUUGCUUCGUGAUCGACACCACUAAAAGUAUGAGUGAUGACAUCGAGGCGGUGAAGGCAGUAACUUCUUCCAUAAUCGAUAGUGAGGCAGGAACAGAUGAUGAACCUUCAUUCUACAUUCUUGUUCCUUUCAAUGACCCAGAUUUUGGCCCUUUGAUAAAGACAACAGACGCAAAAGUCUUCAAGAAUGUUAUCAACUCACUCUCAGUGAUUGGGGGAGGAGAUGAGCAGGAGCAGAGUCUGUCUGGACUUCAGUUGGCAUUAAGUGGGGCACCAGUCAAUUCUGACAUCUUCCUCUUUACUGACGCACCUGCUAAAGACAAGGUCCUGAAGAACACAGUGAUUGCACUCAUUGAGCGAACUCAAACAGUAGUGAACUUCAUGAUAACAUCUUCAAAUGUGGUCAACAGCCGCAGACGACGUGAAACACCCAAGAAGAUAUCAGCUUCUGAUGCCCAGGUCUAUAGAGACUUGGCUCAGGCUUCAGGAGGUCUGGCUAUUGAAGUCACAAAGAGUGAGCUCCCAUUGGCCACCAGCAUCAUACAAGAGUCUACCACCUCCUCUCUGGUGACUUUGCUCCUAACAUCCAGGAAUUCGGGAAACGCGGACAAAUUCUUCUUUUUAGUAGAUAAAACUGUAUCAAACCUCAGAGUCUACAUCACUGGACUGGGCCUCAGUUGUACUGUCAUCAGCCCGAAAGGUGAAUCCAAGGCAUGCACAGACACAUCGGGGUCACUGUUCACUACAUCCCAGUCAGUGGGAAAUUUUCAGAACUUAAAGCUCAAAAAAGAAGUUGGACAAUGGGAAAUGAGGAUGACAUCUGCUAAUCCCUUCACUCUAAAGGUCAUGGGUGAGACCACUAUUGAUUUUUUGUUUGAUUUUGUGGAAGAGUCUGAUGGGCCGUUCAAAGGUUUUGAUGCUCUUGACACACGUCCAAAAGCUGGUGUGAAUGGCACCUUGCUGGUGACUUUAUUGGGCUUGGAUACGGGCACACUAACAGAAGUAGCUCUGGUUGAAUCCGCUGGGACGAAGGAGAUUGUCGGGGUUGUGGAGCCACAGGAGACUGGGAAAUUCUUAGUGAGGGUCGAACAGAUACCGUCAGAGGAGUUUGUGGUACGAGUAAAAGGGCAAGAUUCUGCUUCAACAAUCGUUUUCCAAAGGCAGUCUCCCACCAACUUCAGAGCCUCCAAAGUGACUAUUGCUGCGGAUUCAAAUGACGUUUUAGUACCAGGAACACUGUUCUCCGUGUCCUUCACUGUAAAGACCGACGGACCAGGCGGAACUUUUACUAUAAAAGCUACCAACAAUCAAAAAUUUCACUCGGAAUUUCCAACCAGUUUGUUACUGGAAACUGGAAAAAGUACAGAAGGGACAGUGAACCUCACGGCACCUCUCAACACCCCCUCAGGUACUGAUGUCAGAUUGACCAUUGAGGCGGAGGCUCCAGGGGGUUUGGACACCAACUACAUUGUGCUGCGAAUUUCUGUCCUGAACCCGAUAACAGAUUUCACUCCACCUGUGUGUCAGCAGCUCAGCCUGGAAGCUGAUUGCCCUAAAGACUGCACAUUGGACACAUGGGACCUCUCCGUUCGUGUGACCGAUAGGGAUGAUGGGAUGGGUGUCGAACGAGUCAGCCUUAAACAAGGCAGCGGUGUCAUGACAACCAGUCUGGACCCUGACAAUGGGAACAUCACCCUGGUGUCCUACAAUGCCUCCUGCUGCUCACCUAAUAUGGAGCUACAGGUGGUAGACCGAGUGGGAAACGUAGGCACCUGUUUCUUCUCUUCUGAAGAAGGUGUCACAUCUCCUGUCUCCAUGUCUACAAAAGUUACUUACUCAGUUUUUCUCUGUCUAACCAUGGUUCUACUAGAGAUGUAUAUGUCAACAGUCGGUGUUAUUCAGUUAUCACCGCCCCCCACCAGAGAGGGAGUCUGAUGCAUCUCAUCAAAGAGAUCAGUUUAGGUUAAAGGUUUAAGGGUAAUGUAAAAGUAAAAUGAAUUUAAUGCUGCUGUAAAUUCCUUUGUGGAUUAUAUUUACUGUAAAAAAAAAAACAUAUUCAUUUUGUAUUGUGCAAUUUUAUUGUAAUACGGAUUGUUUCAGAUUUGUUGCUUCUAUUCCUUGUGAAGAGACAAUUCUUAAAGCUAAAAAAUAACAAACUAGCCUACAUUUUUUGCUAUUUAUUUAUUUGAAGGUACAUUAAGAAAACUAUAUAAUUUUUUUUAUUAUCACACAGCCCUGCUGACACAGCAAAAAGUAAAGGCCAAUGUCAAUGUAAUGUAAAAAAUAAAAAAUCAGUACCUGUCAUCGGCCACUAUGCUACCCCUCCACACAUGGUAGAUAAGCUGAUGAAAAAAUGUGCUGUGAUAAUGACAAAAGAAGAAAAUAAAUGUUUUUUUCUUCCUUAAAAAAAA